AUGGCUACGGCUCCUUCCUUCUGGGCUGCUGGCGGUAACAAGAUCAAGUCUGCCGAGUCUCCGAACCCCAAGAUCGCAGAGGCGCCUCCCAAAGCGAAACCAGACCCUCAACAGAAGAAGGGUCUCGUACUGAAGGGCAUGACCAACGGACAGACUACCAAUGGCGCAUCCAACGUUACCUUCCCAAAGGCCGCCGUUGGUAAGAAGACCAACUGGGCCGAUGAAGACGAUGAUGAUAACACCUUCAUCGCCGAAUUCAUGAGCCAGGAUCCGAAGAUCGCUACCCUCGAGACCACCAUCGCCCUGAAAGAGGAGCGUGUCAAGGAGUUGGACGCACUGGUCGAAACCAAGACGCUUCGUAUCGCGGAGCUGGAAGGCGCAGUCCAAGACAAGGACACCCACAUUGGCGAUCUCGAGACGGAGAUCCAAAAGAAAGACGUCGAAAUGGAGAAGCUUAGGAAGAUGAACGGCGACCAGCUCGCUCACAACCAGGAGCUUAUGCGCGAGGCUGGAGAGAAGGACAGCCAGAUCAAGAACCUGAAGGCCGAGCUUGAAGAGAAGGUUUCGACGAUUGGUAGCCUUAAGGAGGCGAAGAAGGCUGCAACCAUUAGCAGUCUCGAGCAGGAGUCGGCCGCACUCGUCCCCGUCCCCACAAACGAUGAAGUGACUACUGAGGAUGCACCCAAGGACGGAAUCUCAGAGAGCACAAAGUCUAAUGGCACUGAAGUCGUUACCGCGACGGAGACCAAGACUAAGAAGGCCGCAUCUGUGGCUUCCGAUUCUGAUAGCUUUGAGAUCGUCGAUGCUCCCAUGACUGAGGAGGUCAAGAAAGAGAAGCCUGCGAACGUCGUCACUAAGCAGUCCGAGGAGACCGAAACGGCAAAGAACACCAGCGGCCCGUCGCUCGUCUCAUCCUCAUUCCCCAACUUCGUGACGAAGGAGACCCUGAAGGUCGUUCCUCCGGCUCCGAAGCCCAAGACCCUGACUUUUGGCAUUGACAUGUCCAAGUACGGGAAGAAGCCAGCCCCGUCUGCUGCUGUGAAGACCCCACCUACAUCGUCGCCCGUUGCCGAACUGAACGGCCAUACCACACCCUGGGGCCACUCGUCCCGGCAGGCGCGCGACAAGACCGGUACCAUGCCAGAGCUCAACCCCGCGGCUGACAUCCGUCACAUGUCGCACGGGCAGCGCGUUGUUUUCGGUAACGGUCCUGAGGUUAUUGUGAAGCUUGGAGAGACCAAGCUGGCUACCAUUCCAAAGUACGUUUUGAUGCAGUGCUCAGGCAAGGCCUACAAGCACUUCACUGCCAAUCCCGACGCAACCUCUUGGAGCCUUCCCGCCGGCUCGAUGGACGCCGAUGCUGCGACGGCGCAUCUGAAAUGGAUGGACGAGAUGACGUACCAGAGCAGGGUUUACUCUGUUCGUCUCCAGACUGAGACGGUAUAUGAUAAGAAGAAUCUGCAUAUCUGCCGCGCUGCGCGGGUUCUAGGUCUCAACAACACCUACGUGGCCCAGUUCACCAAGCAAUUCUGCGACCGGAUCCGUGCCCAGGACGUGUCUUUCGAGUUCAUGGACCUUCUUUGCCAGUUGGCUUACCCGGAGAACGACCCCGUGUUUGACUGCAUGGUUCACAACCUUGUCAACCAGAAGAAGGUUGGCAACGCCAAGGGCGCGGCCGAUUUGGAGAAGCUGAUGGCCAAGCAUCAGUCCCUGAAGGAGAAAGUAGAGAAGAUCGAGAAGCGGAUCGGAGGUCGUCCACGCAAGACUUGGAACUCCCCCGAGGGCAGUACUCGCGGUGGAAGCAACGACCGCAGCGGCAGCAAAGGUGGAAACCGUGGCAAGUCAGCACCACGCAACCCGCCUGUUGCACCAGCGCCUGGUAACAAGCCCGUUACUCCUGCGCCGGGUGACGCGUUGUUCACCACCCUCCACUAG